AUGAAAGACGCCAGGGAUCCCACCCCCGCGCCUUUAAUGGCAGCGUGGAACACAGACUCCCAAGUCCACCUCAUUGUCGGAUCCAAUUCUCUCGCCGGCGCACGAUGCGCCAAGAGUAUCGAGGUCGGCGCAAGGCCGAUCAUCCUAGCCCCAGAGACUGCAGACAUGCACUUCACUCUCGCGGAGCAUAUCGCAAGCGGCGCGGCCCAGUGGGUCAAUCGGGAAUUCCAAGAUACGGACGUGAGUGUCCUGGGCAGGGAAGAAGUGGACUAUGUGGUGGACUUGGUCUUUGUCACCGGUGGUGGCACGAACCUGCAGAAUGCGCAUAUCUCCAAGCUCUGCAAGCGAUUGAGAAUCCCUGUUAAUGUGUCAGAUGCUCCUGAGCUCUGCUCAUUCACGCUUCUCUCGACAUAUUCCGAUGGACCUCUGCAUAUUGGUAUCACGACCUCGGGGCGUGGCUGCAAGCUUGCAUCUCGCCUGCGCCGAGAGAUUGCCGCAUUCUUGCCGCAGAAUCUUGGAUCGGCUAUUGACAGACUGGGUGCUGUGCGCAAGCGCCUGUGGGAAGAGGAUCAGGCGGCGGGCUCCGGUGAGACCGCCUUCGAUGCAGAGGAUGACGACACCACUGGCCAGAAGCACACUUUCAACAACCUCAUCACAGAAGGCGAUGCCGCCGCCGCAAAGACAAGGAGAGUCCGCUGGCUAUCCCAGAUCUGCGAAUACUGGCCUCUUCGGAAGCUCGUCUCCAUCACCGAUGCAGACAUGGAAACCAUCCUCAAUGCCUACACGGCAACCAAAACCCCCGCAAGCAGCACAAACGGCGCCGAAUCAGUCUCCAAACAAGGGAAGAUUGUACUGGCGGGUUCCGGUCCAGGUCAUCCUGACCUCCUCACCCGCGCAACCUACCAUGCAAUCCACAACGCCGAUCUCAUUCUCGCAGACAAGCUUGUCCCCGCCCCAGUUCUAGAUCUCAUCCCGCGCCGCACAGAAGUCCACAUCGCCCGCAAAUUCCCUGGCAACGCAGACCAGGCCCAGGAAGAAUUCCUGCAAAUGGGUCUCGCGGCCCUCAAACAGGGCCGCCAAGUCCUUCGUCUCAAGCAGGGUGACCCGUACCUCUACGGGCGCGGCGCGGAGGAAUUCGAAUUCUUCCGGAACGAAGGCUACUCACCCGUCGUCUUGCCCGGUAUCACCAGCGCCAUGAGCGCGUCCCUCUUCGCCGAUAUCCCCGCCACUCACCGCGGCGUCUCAGACCAGGUCCUCAUCUGCACUGGAACAGGUCGGAAGGGGGCGGCUCCCAAUCCCCCGACCUACGUCCCCACACAGACGGUCGUCUUCCUCAUGGCUCUCCACAGACUCUCUGCUUUGAUCGACUCCCUCACAUCGUUCCCCGAAGGUGGCGAGCGGACACGUGCUCUCUGGCCCAAGGAGACACCCUGUGCGAUUGUCGAGCGGGCGUCGUGUCCGGAUCAGCGCGUGAUUCGCUCCACGUUGGAACAUGUCUGCCUUGCCUUCGAGGAGGCGGGCUCCCGUCCACCGGGAUUGCUUGUUGUUGGAGCCAGUUGUCAUGUUUUGCAUAAUCCACAGGGCCAGCGCUGGGUGAUUGAGGAAGGAUUCCAUGGACUGGAUGGGCUGCAGGGUGAAUUAGAGGUGGUGGCCGACUUGGCUGAGAAGGCGUGA